AUGAUAACCUGUUUCUCUAGCUCAAUCCUUUUUCAUGUAUCUAUCUUUUCAUUUUCAAAUCUGUCUAUCGAUCAAUCUAUUUGCGUCUUUUUCAUAUCUAUCUAUCUAUCUAUCUAUCUAUCUAUCUAUCUAUCUCCCUUUUCAUUUUCCAAUCUAGCUAGCUCAAUCCUUUUUCAUGUAUCUAUCGUUAUAUCUGUCUCUCUCUCAGUCUGUCUAUCGAUCAAUCUAUUUGCGUCUUUUUCAUAUCUAUCUAUCUAUCUAUCUAUCUAUCUAUCUAUCUAUCUAUCUAUUUCCUUUUCCAAUCUAGCUAGCUCAAUCCUUUUCAUGUAUCUAUCGUUAUAUCUGACUCUCUCUCAGUCUCUGACUCUCUCUCAAUCCUUUUCAUGUAUCUAUCGUCUUUUUAUAUCUAUCUCUCUCUCAGUCUAUCUAUCUAUCAAUCUAUUUCCAAUCUAUCAAUCCUUUUUCAUAUCUAUCUGUCUAUCUAAUCUAUUCAAUCUUUUUCAUGUAUCUAUCUUUAUUCACUCUCUCUCUCAUCUGUCUAUCGAUCAAUCUAUUUGCGUCUUUUUUUCUAUCUAUCUAUCUAUCUAUCUAUCUAUCUAUCUAUCUAUCUAUCUAUCUCCCUUUUCAUUUUCCAAUCUAGCUAGCUCAAUCCUUUUUCAUGUAUCUAUCGUUAUAUCUGACUCUCUCUCAGUCUGUCUAUCGAUCAAUCUAUUUAUCGUCUUUAUCUAUCUAUCUAUCUAUCUAUCUAUCUAUCUAUCUAUCCUUUUCUUUUUUUCCAAUCUAGCUAGCUCAAUCCUUUUCAUGUAUCUAUCGUUAUAUCUGACUCUCUCUCACUCAAUCCUUUUCAUGUAUCUAUCGUUAUAUCUGACUCUCUCUCAGUCUGUCUAUCGAUCAAUCUAUUUGCGUCUUUUCAUAUCUAUCUAUCUAUCUAUCUAUCUAUCUAUCUAUCUAUCUAUCUAUCUAUCUAUCUCCCUUUCAUUUUCCAAUCUAGCUAGCUCAAUCCUUUUCAUGUAUCUAUCGUUAUAUCUGACUCUCUCUCAGUCUGUCUAUCGAUCAAUCUAUUUGCGUCUUUUUUCUAUCUAUCUAUCUAUCUAUCUAUCUAUCUAUCUAUCUAUCUAUCUAUCUAUCUCCUUUUCAUUUUCCAAUCUAGCUAGCUCAAUCCUUUUCAUGUAUCUAUCGUUAUAUCUGACUCUCUCUCAGUCUGUCUAUCGAUCAAUCUAUUUGCGUCUUUUUAUCUAUCUAUCUAUCUAUCUAUCUCCUUUUCAUUUUAUCUAUCUAUCUAUCUAUCUAUCUAUCCCUUUUCAUAUUUCCAAUCUAUCUAGCUCAAUCCUUUUUUUCAUGUAUCUAUCGUUAUAUCUGACUCUCUCUCAGUCUGUCUAUCGAUCAAUCUAUUUGUCUUUUCAUAUCUAUCUAUCUAUCUAUCUAUCUAUCUAUCUAUCUAUCUAUCUCCUUUUCAUUUUUUAG